UCCCGCUCAGGGCUCAGCCGCUCAGGGCCUGAGGUUCAUCUCCCUCUGUUUCUUAAACCCUUUUCCUCUCUCGGACUCUCUCUUUCCUUGCUCUUCCUUCGCUGGCGGCGACGACUGGGCGAGCGGCGGCGCCAUUUGUCCUGUCUUCGCCCAGCCCUUUGCCGGCGACGAGCGCAUCCUCCAGCUAGUUUCAAGGUGAAUUUAUUGAGGCGUCAGGGGCUACAUUCUCCAGUGCAAGCAAAAUUUUGGUUUAGAGCAAAGGAUGGCAGCGCAGCUAGUUUUUUCCAAUGCUUCCAGUUGCCGAUGCCCAUUAGGCAUUUCACCGAAAAAUGUUAGGAAGACGCUUCUUGGUGAAAGUGCAAGAAAUUUUCAGAGAAAGAAGUGGUUUUCUAGUGGUUCAUAUCGCUCUUCUCGAUUGGAGUGCUCUGCAAACUCCCGUCGAGCAGGGCCAAGGCGUACCAAGGAUACCUUAUAUGACAUUCACCCUGAGAUCUCCUUGCUUUAUGGAGAGGAUAAUGGUGCAGCUACUGUAUCCAGCAAGGAGCAGGGUGUUGACGCUGCAGCUGAAAGAUUGGUAGACGCUCCUGCCUCUUACCGCUACAAUGAGCCCAGGAUUAAAGUCAUUGGCGUUGGAGGUGGUGGCUCCAAUGCUGUGAACAGGAUGAUUGAGAGCUCCAUGAAGGGCGUAGAAUUCUGGAUUGUGAACACUGAUUUUCAGGCUAUGCGGGUAUCGCCCAUUGACCCGGAAAAUAGGUUACAGAUUGGCCUGGAACUGACACGUGGUCUUGGUGCUGGUGGGAACCCAGAAAUCGGCAUGAAUGCAGCCAAGGAAAGCCAGGAGUUGGUAGAACAGGCAGUUGCUGGUGCUGAUAUGGUUUUUGUGACGGCUGGAAUGGGCGGUGGGACAGGCACUGGUGGGGCGCCUAUUAUUGCAGGGAUUGCUAAGUCCAUGGGUAUAUUAACUGUUGGAAUCGUGACAACCCCAUUUUCAUUCGAGGGAAGAAGGCGAGCUCUUCAAGCACAAGAAGGAAUUGCAUCAUUGAGAAGCAAUGUUGAUACACUGAUCGUAAUUCCAAAUGACAAGUUACUCACUGCUGUAUCCCCAAAUACUCCUGUGACAGAAGCAUUCAAUUUGGCAGAUGAUAUCCUUCGGCAAGGUGUCCGUGGGAUCUCAGAUAUAAUCACUGUGCCAGGUUUGGUGAAUGUAGACUUUGCUGAUGUUCGGUCAGUUAUGUCAGAUGCAGGUUCAUCAUUGAUGGGCAUUGGAACAGCAACAGGUAAGACACGAGCCAGAGAUGCCGCACUUAAUGCCAUACAGUCUCCUCUACUUGAUAUUGGUAUUGAGAGAGCUACUGGAAUUGUAUGGAAUAUCACUGGAGGGAAUGAUCUGACCUUGACAGAGGUGAACGCGGCAGCUGAAGUAAUCUACGAUCUUGUCGACCCUGGUGCAAAUUUGAUUUUUGGCUCUGUUAUAGAUCCAUCAUACACUGGCCAAGUGAGCAUAACUCUGAUUGCAACUGGAUUCAAACGCCAGGAGGAAAGUGAGAAUCAAUCUUCGCAGGCUGGGGGAGACAGCGACCGCCGUCAAUCGGGUUGGUUUUUUCCCACUUCCCAGGAGGAAGGUCCUGGAUUGCAGAUCCCAGAGUUCCUGCAGAGGAAAGGCCGUUCAGGGUUCCCGCGAGUCUGAACGUGUGCUACAGUAGUUUGGUUCACUGCUCUUCUUUAUCAUGGUUUGGUAGUUUGGUAUGCUGCAGCUUCUGUUUCUAGGUCUCUUUUGUAGCAAGAUAUUGAUUGUUCGUGGUAGUGCUGGAGCAGAUUUUCAACCCUGACUCUGUGUGCAAACUAAGCCGCCUGAGUAGAUUGGGCUGGGCUUCUAUGCUUCUGGACCUGCAGUAGAUCAGGAUCUGGUAGUAUCUCAAUUUGAACUCCAUAGGAGCUGUGAAUAAGUCUGCACCAGAGAGCAUACUAUAAUGUUCCGUGUGAAGGAUUAUCUCUGAUUUUAUU